CAGCGGACCAUAUGCGCUAAGCAGUGACUUACAGCACACGGCAACGAGGGGAGAUACUGCUACAGCACACACAUACACACCAUGGGAAAGAAACAGAAAAAUAAAGGAGACGAUGGUGCCAAAGACGACGGCAUCGACAUUGAUGCCCUUGCAGCUGAGAUUGAGGGAGCUGGCGCCUCCAAGGAACAGGGCAAAGGAAAGGGCAAAAAGAAGAAAGGAGGGAAGAAAGAGGACUAUGAUGAGGAUGACAUCCUGAAAGAACUGGAGGAAUUAUCACUUGAAAACCAAGGUGGAAAAGGAAAAGAGCCACCUAAGAAAUCCGAUUCUAUAGAGGAACCGGAACCCCAGCCUGCGCUGACAAAAGCCGAGAAAAAGAAGGCCAAAAAGGGCAAGCGCGUUAGCCCAGAGGAUGAGGAUGGUGAAGAAGAUCAGACUAAGGGUGACAUGGAAAAUGAAAGCCAGGCAAAGGGCAAGAAGGCGGUGGCGGCUCCCGCUGCUGCUCCUGCUGCUUCCGACUCUGAGGACGAAGGCUCGCAAUCAAGACAGAAAGCCAAGGCUGGAAAGACAGGAGGCAAAAAGGGAGCGUCCGACUCUGAGGACGACAAUGAAGGUAAAGGUGCGAAAAAGGGAGGCAGAGGCGCAGCCGAAGAAAGCGAUCAGUCAGACGACGACUCCCAAGCCACCCGCAAGCAGAAGAAGAAAGGAAAAGCAAAGGCGAAGGUCGAAAGUGACAACGAGGAAGAGGGAGAAGAUGAAGGCACCUUCAAGAUAAAGACGGCAGCGCAGAAGAAAGCAGAGAAGAAGGAGAGGGACCGGAAGAAGAAGGAGGAGGAGAGGGCAAAGUUGAGAGCCAAGAAGGAGAAAGAGGAGGAGUUGGCCAAGAAGGAUGUGGCUAAGAAAGAGGUGACCAAGGGUCCUGCAGCUCCGCCCACGGAAACCAAACAGGUGGAGGCAGCUGCGCCUGAAGAACCAGAGGGAGCUGAAGAUGAUGAUGAUGGGGACAAGAAGAAGAAAGACAAGAAGAAGAAAAAGGGAGAGAAGGAAGAGAAAGAAAAGAAGAAGGGCCCUAGCAAAGCCACUGUGAAGGCCAUGCAGGAGGCUCUGGCCCGGAUGAAGGAGGAGGAAGAGCGGGCCAAAAGAGAGGAAGAGGAGAGGGAGAGGCGCCUGGCAGAGCUGGAAGCACAGAGACUAGAGCAGGAACGUUUGGAAGCAGAGCGGAAGGAGAAGAAGAAGCAAAAGGACAAGGAAAGGAAGGAGAGGAUGAAGAAGGAGGGCAAGCUGCUCACCAAGGCACAGAAAGAGUCUCGAGCCAGAGCGGAGGCCACACUGCGUGCACUGCAGGCCCAGGGUGUUGAAGUGCCAUCCAAAGACUCAAUGCCAAAGAAAAGGCCUAUUUACUCCGACAAGAGGAAAAAGAAGCCAGCAGCACAAACUCCUGAAGAAACCUCAGAAGUGACAUCGCCCACAUCAGAGGUGGCUGAGCCAAUCAUGACGAAGAUGGAAGUGGAUGCUCCCAAAGAUGAGCCAGCGGCUGAACCGAGUGCUGAGGCUGCAGAUUUGGAUGACUGGGAGGCCAUGGCUAGUGAUGAGGAGAGGGAGCUAAAGAAGGUCCAUAUCGAAGUAAAGGAGACAAAGGCCUCUCAGCCAGCCCACAAAUCCUCCGCUCCUGCCAAGCAGGAGAACGGCAGCGAAGACGAGGAGGAGGACGAGGAGGAUGAAGAAGAUGAGGAUGAAGAAGAUGAGGAAGAGGGUGAGGAGGAGAGUGAAGAGGAGGAGGAGGAGGAGAAGGAGACCCAAACAGCAAAGACGAAAAGUAAAAAGGAGGUGAGCUCGGAGUCCAGCAGCGAGAGCGACUCAGACGACGAACGCACCAAAGAGGAGAGGCUCUACGACAAGGCCAAGAGACGGAUAGAGAAACGCAGACAGGAGAACCUGAAGAACAUCAACUUGGACAAGUUGAGAGCUCCUGUGGUGUGUGUGCUGGGGCAUGUAGACACAGGAAAGACCAAGAUCCUGGAUAAGCUCCGACACACACAUGUACAAGAUGGUGAGGCAGGUGGGAUCACUCAGCAGAUUGGUGCUACCAAUGUUCCACUGGACACCAUUGUUGAGCAGACUAAGAUGGUGAAAAACUUUGACAGAGAAACUAUAAAGAUUCCGGGAAUGCUGAUCAUUGACACACCAGGACACGAGUCCUUCGGGAAUCUGAGGAACAGAGGAAGCUCCCUGUGUGACAUUGCGAUUCUGGUGGUGGACAUCAUGCACGGCCUGGAGCCUCAGACUAUUGAAUCCAUCAAUCUGCUAAAAGAGAAGAAGUGCCCCUUCAUUGUAGCCCUAAACAAGAUUGACCGUCUCUAUGACUGGAAGAAAGGGCCCGAGACAGAUGUGGUGGCCACUUUGAAGAAGCAGAAGAAGAACACUAAGGAUGAGUUUGAUGAGCGAGCCAAAGCUAUCAUUGUAGAGUUUGCUCAGCAGGGUUUGAACGCUGCUCUUUUCUAUGAAAAUAAGGACCAACGAACCUUCGUAUCUUUGGUGCCCACUUCUGCCCAUUCAGGUGAUGGCAUGGGUAACCUAAUUGCUCUUCUGGUUGAUCUUACCCAGACCAUGCUGGCCCGUAGGCUAGCCCACUGUGACGAGCUCCGCGCACAAGUCAUGGAGGUGAAGGCUCUGCCUGGUAUGGGCACUACGAUAGAUGUGAUCUUGAUUAAUGGUCGUCUGCGUGAAGGUGAGACCAUCAUAGUUCCAGGCGUGGAGGGACCCAUAGUCACCCAGAUCAGAGGACUGCUGCUACCCCCUCCGCUUAAAGAGCUCCGAGUCAAGAAUCAGUACGAGAAGCAUAAGGAGGUGUGUACCUCUCAGGGAGUGAAGAUUCUUGGAAAGGAUCUGGAGAAGACAUUAGCAGGCCUGCCGCUACUGGUGGCCCACAAAGAGGAUGAAGUCCCUGUACUGAGGGACGAACUGGUCAGGGAGCUUAAACAGACGCUGAAUGCGAUUAAACUGGAGGAGAAGGGUGUGUAUGUGCAGGCCUCAACCCUGGGUUCCCUGGAAGCUCUGCUAGAGUUCUUGCGCACAUCCAAAGUGCCUUAUUCUGGCAUUAAUAUCGGCCCUGUCCAUAAGAAAGACGUCAUGAAGGCAUCUACCAUGCUGGAGCACGACCAACAGUAUGCUGUGAUUCUUGCGUUUGAUGUCAAAAUUGAGAGAGAGUCUCAGGAGAUGGCUGACAGUCUGGGCGUUCGGAUCUUCAGUGCUGAGAUCAUUUAUCAUCUGUUCGAUGCCUUCACCAAAUACAGAGAGGACUACAAGAAGCAGAAACAGGACGAGUUCAAGCACAUAGCAGUGUUUCCCUGUAAGCUGCGUAUCCUGCCUCAGUUCAUCUUUAAUUCCAGAGACCCCAUUGUUAUGGGCGUGACUGUAGAGGCUGGAGUACUGAAGACUGGCACCCCACUGUGUGUGCCCAGCAAAGGGUUUGUAGACAUUGGCAUUGUGACCAGUAUCGAGGUCAACCAUAAACCUGUGGACACAGCUAAGAAGGGCCAGGAGAUCUGCAUUAAGAUCGAGCCUAUUCCUGGAGAGUCGCCCAAGAUGUAUGGCCGACACUUUGAGGCGGUUGAUAUCAUAGUUAGCAAGAUAACUCGUGCAUCAAUCGACGCCCUGAAGAACUGGUUCCGAGAUGAAAUGCAGAAGUCGGACUGGCAGCUGAUCAUGGAGCUGAAGAAGACUUUUGAAAUCAUCUGAGAGCGCACAGUGACUUCUUAACUGACCUACGAGCGGAGACGACCACACACACACACACACAAAACCAACCAUACUAUGCGCACUCCUGAGUUCAUCUGUGGUCAAGGAGUCCUCUAAGUGUUGCUACUAGUUUCUUACAAAUGAUACGAACGUUUCUUUUUCCACAAACCUGCGGGAGGAAACGUGUGGAGGUGUGCAAGGUCAAGCACACGCCCUUCUCCCUUUCCCCUCCAUCUCCCUGGGAGUGGUGGAGAGCACAAAAAAAGAGAAAAAAAGCAUAAAAAAGUGAAAAAGAUGAAAGUGUUUUUCUGUGAGAAACUGAACUAUUACCACUGUUUUAACAGUGACCUGUUAGACAAAAAAAAGGUUAGAGAAACAUUUACACACUAUUCCAAACGUGCCUGUUCUUUCUGAUCAAUCAGUUUCCCUCAAUUUACAGCUGCUGCUUCGAACGGACAUCCCUGCAAACUCCAGGCUGGAGCUGUGCUGUGUUGGAGCAGUUCAUCCACAAGUGCUAAUGUGGCUAAUAGUAAAUAAUAAAGUUCAUAAGCACCAGUAAUUAAGGUUUGAGUGAUGCUAGAGGUGGCUCGUUUUGACUGUAAUUAUUAGCAACAUUAGCACCAAGAAAGACAUAAUUCAUACACACAUGGUGAUCUGGCUAACUAAUGUGUAAAUGAAAAAUCAAGGAGAACCCUUAAGAGCAUGGUUUUGUUUGAAUAAUGCUAACUGGCUUCUGUUGGCAGUAAUUUUUAGCAGCAUUAGCAUUAAGUGAAAGAGAAUGUGUCCAACCAUUUAAAUCCUGCCAACUCUAAAUUAAGAAUAAAGGGAACCCCUUAGCAUGGUCUUGUUUGAGUCAUGCUAACAGGAUUCUAUUGACAGUAAAUAAUAGCAGCAUUAACUUUAAGUGAGAAGUAAUUUCUCCAAACAUGCUAAUCUGGCUAACUAAACAUGAAAGUUAAGGGGAACCUUGUAGCAUGGUGUUGUUUGAGUAAUGCUAACUGGUUUUGUUGGCUAUAAUUUUAGCAACAUUAGCAUCAAUCAAUAAAUAAUUGAUACAGACAAUUGAAUUUGACUAAGUUCUGUAUUAAUGAAAAGUAAGGAGAACCCUCAGAAUGAUCUGGCUUGUGUAAUGCUAACUGGCUCCUGUUGGCUGUAAUUUAAGCCACGUUAGCAUUUAAUGAGAAGACCAUGUUUUUCCAAACAUGCUAAUCUGGCUAAUUGUAAAUGAAAGUUAAGGAGAACCCUUUAGCAUUGUCUUGUUUGAGUAAUGCUAACUGGCUUCUGUUGGCUUUAAUUUGAGCAAUGUUAGCAUCGAGUGAGGAACAGUUUAUUUGUACAUUUUAAUCUGGCUUUAAUUAAGUAUUUGGGAACCUUUUUUGAACAACGCUAAGCAGCUCCUCUUAACUACAUUUAUUAAUAAUCUAAGCAACAGUUUGUGUAGUUUGUCUAAAAUGCUGUGUUAAUGUAAACCACGAAAGUCUAACUGUCUGGUUUCUUUUUCAUUAUGAUUAUUAGCAACAUUAGCAUGCUCGGAUGAAGUAUUCCUUUGAAAUGUAUUGCCAGGCUAUUUUCCAGGCUUUGUUCUAGCCUGGUCAGUGUGUGAAACGCACUGGGCAGGGGGGGCUACGCCAAAACUAUGGGAUGUAGCAGAGAGAAAACACAACAGAAAGUGUGAGGUUUAGCUUGUUGAGUUUAGCUGGGCUCUAAAAAAAAUGUCUGAAAAAUAAACUUAACCAUGUCAGUGUUUCUUUUUUUUUUCCCCUCAUUGAUAUUUUCCUCCUUGGCCCUGGAAUGCAGGUCUUUUAUCCUCCUUUUUGAAGUACAUCUAUGUAAGUCGGUAUCAUGAGUCCUUUGCCACAGCUCUCUUGAAUCUGCCUUGUGCCUGUUGUUGUCUUUGCCUAGUGAGAGAAAUUGUGCGCAAGCUGGGUUAAAGGCAUCCCUUGACUUAAAUGGAGAUUUCAAAUCAGAAUCAAUAAAGAGAUGGCAUAUUUAUAGA